UUAUUUUGCCAACUCCUAAGCUUUGCCAUCUUGUUAUUUAUAUAACCUGUUUAAGAUGAAAACUCGGAGAACAAAAGUCACAAAAACUAAAGAAGGAAAUGUUGAAAAAAAUGAUUCAGUCAAUAUAGAAGAGACUGGUGAAAAUAUACAAGAUAAUGAGAUGGACGUUAGCAAAACACCAAUAAAAAAACGGCGUGGUCGCCCAAAAGUUCAUACUCCAAGUAAUAAAGAUGAUAUUCUACCUAUGGAUACACAAGAAAAUGAGAUACAUGAAGUAUCUGACAAAAACAUAGAUUAUAAUGAAAUUAAUGUGGAUAAACCAAAUUUAAAGGAAAGUAAAAAUUUUGCUGAAGAAUCAAUUCUAUCAAAUAAAAACAUAAAUGAAUUUCAAAGUAGUGAUAUAAAUAUAAUUGAUAGUGAAACAACAAUUUUUAUUGAUAAUAGUAUUGCAGAUGUAUUAGAAGAUUGUACAACUAAGGAUAUAGAAAUCAAAAAAGAAAGUUUUGUACAUGAAAUAAAUAUUGUUGAAGAAACUAAGACAGAAAAUAUAAUUGACCAAUCAUUAAGUUUAGAAAUCCCAUAUAGGGAUAAAGAUUUGGAAAGACUUGGAAACAAUAUAAAUGAUAAUACAAAUAUAAUUAAAAAUGAACAAGAAAUUAUUAUACAUGAUAAUUUUAAAAUUAUUCAUACAACUAUUGAAACUCUAUCAUAUAAUAAUGACAUAGAAAUAAAUCAUAAAAUUGAUUCAAACAAACAAAUAUAUAAUAAUGCUGAGGAGAUUAUACCAGGUGAAGAGCUUUUUGAACCUCAUUUUGAAGGUGAUGAAGAAUUUAAUCAAGAUUUACAGACCACGGCUGAGGUGGAUUCUGAAACAAAAGAUCUAGAGGAGAAUAUAAAAGAAGUUCUUAUACCUGGUUUUAAAACUCAAUCACAUGAAAACAUAGAAAUUCAAAAUGAUGAAAACCAAUCCCCCAAUGUGAAUAAGCCACCACUAACAUUUUAUGGAACAUUGGACACUUUUGAAAAAUUGAAAACUGAAGUCUCUAGGAGUUCUAACGAUGCUUCAUCUAUAAUUCAUGUUUCAAAUUUGGUUCGACCAUUUACUCUGAGACAGUUGAAAGAAGAAUUUCAAAAAUAUGGAGAAUUUGAUGAAACUAAAGAUUUUUGGAUAGACAAAAUUAAAUCACACUGCAUUGUGAAAUACUCAAAUGCUGAGUCAGCCUUGGAAGCUUAUAAUAAUUUAAACAAACAAAAAUGGCCAUCAUCUAACCCUAAAUUGUUGAAAGUAGAAUUCACUGACCAAAAUGAAUUGGAUUCAUACAAAAACAACCAGUUACUGGACAAAUCAUUCACCCCAUCUACAACAAGUAGAUACAAUGCCAAACUCUCAACUAACACAGAAAUUCCUGACUUGAACCUCUCCACAACACAUUCUGAAGGUGGCAUGGAUCCCCAAGAGUUUCACUUGCUCAAAAACCUUGCUCCUCUUCUGCCUCCUGGUGCGCUUCUGCAGCAACAUAGUCACAGAAGAGUCGUUAUCAAGAAAGAACAUGAAGACAAAAUUAUAACUGAAAAGGAAAGUGUUGCAAAUACUUCAUCAACCAAAUCACCUGAAGAAAUGGAUACAACUGAUGCUAGCAAUAAAUUGGAAGAUAAACAAACGAGUCCUGGGAAGGUUAGAUACCACCCUACUAUGAUGGCUAUACAUCAUCUUAUAUCAAAAGAUACCAAAGAAAACUCGAACUCCAACAAGGGUGAAAAUAAGGAAAAGGAAGGAGGAAAAAGGAUACUCUAUAUUAAUAUUCCUGGAAGGGGAAACAAACCUGUAAACGCCGAUGAAGACCCGUUAACUCUCAAAAGAAGGGAGGAUAGGGAGAGAGAGGAAAGGGGGAGAAUAAGGAUCACAAAAGAUGGAAAAGAUGAGAGGCGUAGAGAUAUAGCAGUGCCUGAGGACAAAACAAAAAGCAAACCUGGGCAAUUGAUGGACGAAUUGUUCCGAAAAACCAUUAUAUCUCCCUGUGUCUAUUGGCUACCUUUGAGUGAAACGAAGGCUAAGGAAAGGCUGGAAAACCUCGAAAAAUCUCACCCUUCCCGCCUAUACAUUCAUGAAAAGGAUUGUGAGCGUUCCCGCAUAUUUUUCCACGAUUACUCCAACAUACUACGAAAAAUUAUGAAUAGUAAACCUAAUCCUCCUCCACUUUUAUCUAUAAAUCAUAAUGAAGUUUUUAAUAAUGAUGAAAACAAUAUUUCUAGACAAGAAAUGGUCUCUCAUAACGCCUAUAAUAGAUAUGAAGGGGGCAGGUUUAACGAUAGAUCCGAUAGGAUGGAUUAUAGGGAUAAAAUGGGGUUUGAUGACAGGAUGAUGGUUAAUUAUGAAAGGGAACGGCCUUUCGUCAAAAGACCCAGGUACGAACAAUCAUAUGAACACAAUGAAAGGACGAUUCCCAAUAAUUUUGUCUACGAAGAUAGGAAUCAUUAUCAAGAACCUCCUGGCGAAGAAAGAUACAGCAGAGGCGGCGGAAUGGCAAGAGGUGUCGAAAGAAUGUACAUAGGAAAAAAAGAAGAAAGAAGUUACAGAUCUCCACCUGCAUUUAGAAGAUCUUCACCCCUCAAAAGGGAUUACAAAAGAAUAUCAUCUUCUGGAGUUCGAUCCCCUCAUAGACGUUGAAU